CGUUUUUAAGAACACAGUGUAGUUUAUCUUCAUCUAGACAAAAUCUUCAACCGGAGAUGAGUUUCAAGACGAUGACUGCUGUGUUAAUGAGCAUGAGGGGUAGUCUCAUGUACUGGCAGGCAUGGAUUAGACCGAUGAUUUGGCCUUUGGGGGAGUUUCUUCUACCGGUUUGGUGGAGUUCUCCGAGUGUCCAUCCUCUUGGAACAAGGAAACGGUCUUCGUUGAGGAUUGCCAGUGCAUUUGCAAAGAGCAGCAGGCCUUUUAACAAUGUCCAGAAGCCCAUUGAUCGUAGAGAGAUAGUAGUAGUAGCUCGCAAUUCACCAAAACCAAGGCGAUUUCUCACUCCGAAAGCUUCAAUUAAUGGCGGCGGAAUCACUAACGGAGCUGCGGCUGCAACCACCGCUAAACCUAGUCGCAAAGGGAGGAAGAAGAAGCAAACCUCGACGAUAAUUGAAAAAGAUAACACCGAGAACGAUGCUACCGAGACUGAUCCUGAAUUGAAUCCGGAGUUAUUGGAUUACGACGACGGGAUCGAGUUUCCGUACGAUGAUCCGCCUCUUGUGUGCUGUUUCGGAGCUGUACAGAAGGAGUUUGUUCCGGUGGUGCGAGUCCAUGAUAAUCCGAUGCAUCCUGAUAUGUACUCGCAGUGGAAGAUGCUGCAGUGGGAUCCGCCGGAGUUUGGGCGUGCUCCGGGAGGUCCGCCGUCGAAUGUGGCGAUCUCUCAUGUUCGUUUAGGUGGGAGAGCGGCGUUUAUGGGAAAAGUCGGUGAAGAUGAUUUUGGGGAUGAGCUGGUUCUGAUGAUGAAUCAGGAGAGAGUUCAGACGAGAGCUGUGAAAUUCGAGGAGAAUUCUAAAACUGCUUGUACUCGUGUCAAGAUCAAGUUUAAGGACGGGAAAAUGAAGGCGGAGACUGUGAAAGAGCCACCGGAGGACUCGCUUCUUGCUUCAGAACUCAAUUUAGCUGUGCUUAAAGAGGCAAGGAUUUUUCAUUUCAAUUCAGAAGUGUUGACGUCUCCUACAAUGCAAUCAACUCUUUUUACGGCAAUACAAUGGUCUAAAAAGUUUGGAGGGCUUAUUUUCUUUGACUUGAAUCUCCCACUACCGCUAUGGAGAUCGCGCAAUGAGACUAGGAAGUUGAUCAAGAAAGCAUGGAAUGAAGCAAACAUUAUUGAAGUUUCACAGCAAGAGCUUGAGUUUCUGCUUGAUGAAGAUUACUACGAGAGGAGAAGAAACUACACACCACAAUACUUUGCUGAGGAUUUUGAUCAGACGAAAAACAGAAGAGACUAUUACCAUUACACACCAGAGGAAAUCAAGCCAUUGUGGCAUGACAAGCUGAAGCUAUUGGUUGUGACUGAUGGAACACUUCGGCUUCAUUACUAUACUCCUACUUUUGAUGGAGUUGUGGUUGGAACAGAAGAUGUGCUUAUAACUCCUUUCACAUGUGAUAGGACAGGUUCUGGUGAUGCUGUUGUUGCAGGGAUAAUGAGAAAGCUAACAACUUGUCCUGAGAUGUUUGAGGACCAAGAUGUGUUGGAGCGACAGCUCCGGUUUGCAGUUGCUGCUGGGAUCAUAGCGCAGUGGACAAUUGGUGCAGUUAGAGGUUUCCCUACUGAAAGCGCUACACAAAAUUUGAAAGAACAAGUUUAUGUUCCAUCAAUGUGGUAGAAUAGAGAAGAUCAAGAACUCAACUUGUGUACUCAAUAUUUUUGAACAAUGUGUGAGAUGUAUACUGAUUCAAAUUUGUAAUCCAAUGUACAAUCAAUUUUUGAGUUCACUGAUGAGCAGCUGAUCUCUGUUUUGUUCUUUUCAGCUUCACAAAAAUGUUCUGGCUGUCUAAAUCGACUUUCAGUGUUUGACGUCGGAAUCUCUGACUGUUUUUGGUUACUGUAUCGCCAUUAUCUAAAAGCACUCUUCUUCCAUCCAUGUCUUUGACUUAAUUUUUUCCAGAGCUGAAAUUGUUUCUUUUCAAUAAAGAAAUAAAUCUAAC